AAAAAAAAAAUCCAUCGGAAUAAAUAAAAAGCUUCCUCCUCCCUCCCUCCCUCCAUCAUUUCUGAGCACAAUCCACUAGCAAACCAAAACCUCAAAUUUCAGCCAAAUUUCCUGUUUUUCUUGGUGUCUCCCAUAGUGUUUUAUGUUCUUCUCGUCCAAUGUAAGAAAAAGUUUCCGGAUUUAAUGUCAGAACUCGUAGCAGAGCAUGAUUACAUAGGUUUUUCAGAGCCUCCAUCAAUGGAAGCUUCUGACAAAACCAAAACCAGAGACGGGAGGUCCUGUCUGAACCUCAAGGCCACUGAGCUGAGACUCGGGUUACCUGGGUCCGAGUCGCCGGAACGGGCCCACCCGGGAUUCCUGUCGCUUAAGAGCUCCUGUUCCAUGUCGGGGGCCAAAAGGGUCUUCUCCGACGCGAUCAACGGGUCUGGAAAAUGGGUCUUCUCUUCCGGAUCUACUGGUGCUGAUGCUGCUCGGUCGGGUCCGGGUUCGGGUCACGGUGGCUCCGCCGUGAAGGAUGGAAAGGCGGAGCAGUUGGCUCAACCGGCCUCACAGGUUCAGGAGAAGAAGGGUUCUGGUGUAGCUCCUGCUUCAAAGGCACAGGUAGUGGGUUGGCCACCAAUUCGCUCUUUCCGGAAGAACAGUUUGGCUUCUCAGUCUCAGAAGAACGGGGGCGAAAACUCAGAAGAAGCCAAGGUAAGAUCAGAAUCUUGCUUGUACGUGAAGGUAAGCAUGGAAGGUGCUCCGUACUUGAGGAAAAUCGAUCUCAAGAUGUACAAAAGCUAUGUCGAGCUCUCUUCUGCUCUCGAGAAGAUGUUCAGUUGCUUCAAGAUUGGUCAGUUUGGUUCACAUGGUGGAUCUGGCCGAGAUGGAUUGAACGAGAGCCGCUUGAGCGAUCUCUUGCGUGGAUCUGAGUAUGUGGUUACGUACGAGGAUAAAGAUGGUGACUGGAUGCUGGUGGGCGAUGUCCCUUGGGAAAUGUUUAUAGAUUCCUGUAAGAGACUGAGAAUCAUGAAGAGCUCAGAAGCUAUCGGCCUAGCUCCAAGGGCAAUGGAGAAGAGCAGGAGCAGAAACUAGUUUCUGCCAUCUCCAGGGGCUACUUGCUUAUGUGCUUGCUAUGUGAUAAUGUUUCCCAGAUAUGUAAUUUUGCCAUUUUUGAGGCAUUCUUGUGCUUAGGAAUGUGGUGUUUGAUCUUUUCUAAUAAGGCCCUCUCUGCUUCUGUAUAAUCAAAUCUAUGAAUCUGUCCUCUUUAUGUUUGGCGUGCUGCUCCUCUGGAAUGUAAGACUUUAAUAUGUACAAAAAAAUGGAACCAAACCCUUCUUCAUA